CAGCAGCUCUGUAAUGGAAAUGGAGAAUGACACUGUCUACGUCCCCGGCUUGUCCACUUUUGACACUUUGGCUGAAGAGGAAAUUUAUAGCAGAAUUUACCCCGUGUUCAGAAUAAUUAACAUUACACUUUACAGCAUAAUAUUCAUUCUAGGAACUGCGGGCAAUGGGCUGGUCAUCUGGAUUAUUGGAUUCAAAAUGGAAAAGACAGCUACUCUUAUUUGGUUUCUCAACCUCGCCAUUGCGGAUUUUUCUUUUUGUCUCUUUCUUCCUCUCAGUAUAACAGAAUGGGCAUUGUGGGAUAACUGGCCCUUUGGGCAGAUAAUGUGCAAGACGUGGGCUAUCAACCAACAGCUAAACCUCUCUGCAAGUGUAUUAUUUUUAAUGAUAAUCAGCAUUGAUCGUUGUAUCUGUGUUCUGUAUCCAUUAUGGGCAAAAAUCCAUAGAAGUUCAAAAUUAGCCUUAACCAUUUCAGUCAUAAUCUGGUUCUUGUCUGUGGGUCUCAGUUCCCCUUACAUUGUUUUUUCUGAUACAGAGAAUGUAAAUCAGCUUACUCGUUGUGCUUUCAUAUCUGCAGUUGGGAAUAACUCAACCAUGUUUGAUUAUGAUACUUGGAAUGUGAGGUACAAAUCCAUGAGUAUGACCGAAUUUGUUUCAAUGUUCUUGAUCCCUUUUCCCAUCAUGAUGGUUUGCUAUGGGCUCAUUGCAUUCCGGGUGAGAAAAAACAGCAGAAUCCCUGGGUCUGGUCGAACCUUGAAAAUUGCAUUUACAAUUGUCAUUUGCUUCUUUCUUUGCUGGUUUCUUUACCAUAGUGUUCCUAUGAUCUACACUGCGGAUAUUUACAUAAGGUAUCCUUGGGAUGAAAUCUUAUAUUACCUUGCAUAUUGCUUGGCUUACUUUAACAGCUGUCUCAAUCCAAUAAUCUAUGUCUUCAUUGGCCGGGACUUUAAGAAAAGUUUAAGAAAGUCAAUUCCAUUUCUCCUGGAAAGCACAUUCAGAGAGAGCAAUGACCCUCCCGAAACUCUAAACACUAAUUUUUUAGAAAGUGAAACAAUGACUUAGCCUAAUCUGGUUUUGGCUUUUUAAUACUGUACAAAAAUAUAUUCUGCAGAUUUUCUUUUGGCACAAAGGAAGGAUUUUAAUGCUUCAUAAAGUAUGUUCUCUUUAUGGGACAGUAGCCCUGGGCACUCACCCUACAGAAUUAGCAGUGUAAAUGAGCUAAAGAUCUGUCAUACCCUAGUGGCCCCCUCUUUUUAUGCUCUUAAUAGUAAAAUUAAAUGGAGGUCGACUUGUUCAAAUGUUACUAUGACUUCGUACAGGGAUCCCCUUGUCACACAUGGAGCAGGACAAGUAAGGGUAAACCUAGUGCAUUCUCAUUUGAAAAUGACAAAUACUGAUGUUUCUUUGCAUGUUUGCACCUUGCUUUGCAUUUUCCAUCACAGUGCAGGUCUUCAACCCCAGAAUGGAGCGCCCCCCCCCCACCAAGUUCAUUAUACAUUUAUUCUACAA